UAUAUCAACUCACCUGCCAUCCGCGUUAUCGUCGGCGAACACCCCGAGGCGAAGGACUUCUUCGUUCACGAAGCUCUCAUCUGUCCACGCAGUGAGUUCUUCGAGAACGCAAUGAAGGAGAACUGGAAGGAGGGCGAGGAGCACAAGGUUACGCUGGCUAAAGAAGAGCCUGCAGUUUUCGAGCUCUACCUCGAACUCCUAUAUUUAAGCUCAGUACUGCCAACGAAGGAAAUAGAGUCAACUACUACCGAGUUCUGCCAAUACACUGCGCUUAGCAAGCUCUACGUCCUUGCCGAGAUGCUUAUGGACGACAUUACCAAGGAACUUGUUCUCGCCGCAAUGCUUGCUAGGUCCAAGGAGCCUUCUGCUACUAAUAAAACCUUU